CUUAGCCCAGCCCGGCCCGGCGCGCGGGGCGGCGGGGGCGGCCCAUCCCGGGAUUUUCUCUGCCCGGCCCGGCCUUGUGCGGGUCGCCGGGGGCUGCCGGGCGGAGCUCCAGGAUGUGGAAGCUGGUGCCCGCCUCGGGAAAAGGGGAGCCAUAUCGACUUUUAAGUGGUGUAGAAUAUGUUGUUGGACGCAAAAACUGCACAAUUUUAAUUCAGGAUGAUCAGUCUAUCAGUCGAAGUCACGCAGUUCUGACUGUAAGUCAGCCUGAAACAAGCCCUAGUCAGUCUCUCUCAGUACCUAUAUUAACAGUAAGAGAUACAUCCAAGUAUGGUACUUUUGUUAAUGGAUCAAAACUCAAUGGUACUUCAGUGUCUUUGCAGUCUGGUGAUAGAAUCAACUUUGGAGUCUUUGAAAGCAAGUUUAGAGUGGAAUAUGAACCUUUGGUUGUCUGCUCCUCGUGUUUAGAUGUAGCUCAGAAAAAUGCUUUAAAUCAAGCUGUCCAGCAGCUUGGAGGCCUUGUAGUGAAUGAGUGGACAAAAGAAUGUACCCACCUUGUAAUGGUAUCAGUAAAAGUAACUGUUAAGACUAUAUGUGCUUUGAUUUGUGCUCGACCAAUUAUAAAACCAGAGUUUUUUCCUGAAUUAAUCAGAGCUAUUCAGUCCAGGCAACAGUUGCCAAAUCAUGAAAGCUUUUAUCCUCCAGUUGAUGAGCCUUCCAUUGGCAGUGAAAACCUGGAUUUAUCUGAGAAUCACGAAAGGAAAAAAAUAUUCAGUGGAAAAACUUUUGUAUUUCUAACUGCCAAGCAGCACAAGAAACUGGGUCCAGCAGUUGUUCUUGGAGGAGGGGAAGUAAAGUUGAUGACAGAAGGAAGAAAAGAAAUGGCUUUACUACUUUCUCCUGAAGUUUGUGUAGUGGAUGUGGGUUUGGCAAAUUCUCAGAUCUCAGGAUCUGACUCUAUGACAAACUGGACUGAUUCCAUUCUGACUGUCUUGGAAAGCAAGAAUCUUAGGGCUAUUCCAGAGGCAGAAAUUGGAUUGGCAGUUAUCUUCAUGUCUACAGAAAAAUACUGCAACCCUCAAAAGCAGCAUGCUUCCAAAGCUGUACCUGAAAGUUCUGCAUCAGCUGUCGUAGGCCGAGCCAUUUCCCAGAGUCUGGCUGUGGAUGAAACCGUAAUGCCAACUGCUGCAGAUAGCAGCACCUUAUACAUAGCUGAUACAGAAGAGCAGACAUGUAUGGAGAUAGAGAAUACUUCCCAGGUGCAUAGACAAAGGAAAAUGGCUUUCCACGAUACAACUGCCAUAAAGAAAAACAGUGGCACAAGUGGCAGUGUAAAUGCAGGAACAUCAAUACCUAGAGGGAACAUAACAUCUGGGUUCAGUCAAAGAAGUCAGCCUGUCUCACCAUCUAAACUUUUAGAAGCUGGCAAACCUCAUGGGAGUGCUUCACGUCACCAGUCCAACUCAAUUACAAAUUACUUCCAGGUUUCUAGAAAAAGGGAAAGAGCUGAAGAAGAAGAAACAUCUGUACCCAAACUAGCAAAACUGGAGGAAAGGUCCUCGCCUCUUCCCAAGUGCACUGAAUCUACAACUUCAUUAAUCCGCAACACUGAAGCAAAACGGCAUCAAAAGAAAAAUAACAUUCUUGACCCAAACCCAGGUUUUGCAGAAGACAUGAGUAUAAAGCCUAUGAGGGAAAGUGUCAAACUAACAAGUGAUAGAACAGACACUGAAACCACUUCUAGUGAAAAUCAUGCACCAAAAAGGAAAAAGGAAUUAGAUGAUUUAUCUAAAGAUACAGAAGCACUAGAAAUUGUGUUUGGAAGUGGAGACAUGGACUGGGAAGGUCAAAUGACAGAUCAUGACCAGGAAGCUCAAAGCAAUAAACGAAAAAAACAAUGUUUGGAAGCCAAAGGAAGCAGGAUUCCAGAAGUAAAUGUAAAUCAGCGUGAGGAGAAUAAAGUCUUGAAAGAAGAGGAGCUUGGAUCAGUUCUAACUUCAGAAAUGAAAAGUAAUAUCAAGCAAGAGUCUCCAGUCUUGAACCACAGCAAACUGCAGGAUGACUCCAGCAAUCUUCCUAGCAGGCUUCUGUUGACAGAGUUUAGAUCACUAGUUGUCAGCCAUCCAAGACAGAAGAGUCAUCUUCCUGGAAAUACCAGCUAUGGAGGAAAGAAAAAUUUCAAAAUGUUCAAAAAGGUAGCUUACCCUGGGGCAGGACAACUUCCACACAUUAUUGGAGGAUCAGAUUUGAUUGCUCACCAUGCUAAAAAGAAUUCAGAGUUAGAAGACUGGUUAAGGCAAGAAAUAGAGGAACAGAACCGACAUGCAAGAGAGGAAUCACUUGCUGAUGAUCUCUUUAGAUAUGAUCCUAAUGUGAAAAGAAGAUAAAUUGUGACCUGGAUUUACAGCGUUUCUCUGGCAAAACCUGAUUUCUGUUCCUUAGGUUUCCUGGUUACAGUGUGUAUGAUGUUCCUAUAUAUGACUAUUUGAAUAUCUCUUAUUGUAAGACAUGUUUUCUAAGUCUUGCUUUUAUUAAAAAAAAAAAGGAAAAGUUCCUUUCAUGGCUUGGUACUUAAAGAUUCCACCAUUGUCAAGGCCUUCCCAUUAUUUAUUUCACAGUAAUUCUCAGUAAAAUACUGUAGAUAUUUAGGAUUUCAUUUUAGGCUAUUUCUAAUAUGGUUAUCAGUACUGUUUUGGGAAAAAAAGGAAGUUAGCAUCAGACUUUUUUUUUCGGAAAGGCUUUGUUAAUUAGGUACUUUCAAGAGUAUUGUCUUAAGAACUGAAAAUCUUUUGAUGCUGAGAUACAACUGGUAUUUGAUCAUUAUAUAAGAUAAUAUCAUUGAUAUUAUCAUUAUUAUCAUUGUUGAUAAGAUAUAAUCAUUAUAUGAUUCAUAAUGAACCACUUCUCUGUGGUUCAUUUUGUAGAGCAUAUACUAUUGUUACUGGUACAGAGUAUCUUGGAAUUGAAAAAAAUAGCAUCUUUUUCUCUUCCUUAAACGUAUUUUUAUUUACACCUUUAAAUCAGUGUGGUUCAUUUGUUCAUUUGUUAAAACCUACUUUGAAGUCAGACAAAUUCUUAAAGAGCUGUUACACUCCAGUUUGGAAUUUUAAAUUAUAUGAUCCAUUUCUUUCUCUCAUGCAUUUACUUUUUGCAAUCACUGUGUAAAAAUAUGGCCUUCAAAAUAGUUUGAUUGACAGCAAAAGAUAUGAAACAACUACAUGUUUGUGGAUUAGGAGAGCUCAUCUUAAUGAUCUGAGAAUUGCAAUUAGUGAGAUUACCCUGGAAGUACGGUGAGAAAAACUUUGCAGACUUCCUGCUCAGGUGUAUGAAGUCUGUCUCACAUACAGAUAAAGAUGACAGAUAUCACAUACAGAUUAAGAUGGACAGUAGCUCUAUUGCAUCCUAUUUCAAGAGGGAGGAUCUCCUUUCUCAUGUGAGGAAGUGAUCUGGUUGAUGUAAUUGAAUUGACACAAACAGAAUCACUCCCUCUGCCAAGAGCUCUGAGCAUACAACCAACAUGAGCUGCAGUGUCUGAAGCUGCUCCGUUGUGUAUCAGAUCUGAGGAACGGCGCUGUGAGAUCUGUGCAUGUCAAGAUAGCAGAUGUGCUCAACUCAUCAUGGUUACAACAUGCAGAAAAUAUUUGGCCUUCCAAAGCCAGUGUUUUCUCUUGGGUCUGUCUUGGUAUCUUCUUGCUGGUCAGCAAUGUCCAGAGUGAUACACAAAGUGCAGCCCAAUGCUUCUGAGCUCCACAAAAGCUGUGAGAGUGUUUGCAUCAGAGCACAUCAAAUCUUAUCCACCAAACACCUUUAAAAAGACUUAAACAGUUCUUAAGCAGUUGAAAUUCUUUCUGAAGGAGAUAUACUGACUGUUCUAACCUCAGGUGAGUUUUUCUGCUGUCACUGUGAGAAUUUCCAGGUUUUCUGGCUGAAGACCUACUGGUCCAACAGCUCUUGAGACUGCUGAGGUUUUGGACUGUUACUAAAUUCAAGCUAAUAGCUUGGAUAGCAGAGUAUCAAUGAACAACAUUCUCCAGAAAGGUUGUAUUUACAGUUGUAAAAUACAGCUGGAGAAUUUCUGAGGUGAAAGGGCAAGACAUGCAAUGUCUACAACAAAGUAAAGGUUAAAUCCUUUGUUGCUCACACUGCAGUCUGCUAGGGGCUCAAACAUCCCUGGUGGCAUAGUUGAGAGCACUCUUUUGUUCAUGUUUAAUGAUUUAGGACUCUUCAAAUCCAGUUCCCCAGACAGCUGAAUUAACCAGCCUUGAUACUUUUUUUUUUCAUUUAGUAUUUAAGAGGUGUGGGUCCCUUUCAGCUCAGAAUAUUCUAGAAUUCCAACUUGAGGGUAACCUAGUAGGUGAUACAGGUGAUAUAGUUUGGUUUGUAAUCCAGUUUCAAGUGCUGUCUAGUUGAUGAAAAGCCUGCACAUUAGUGCACCUGUUCUUCUGCUAUUUCAAUAUGUAGUUAGGCUUGCAUUAAAAAGCUUAGAUGUACAAA